AUGUCUUUCAAGAAUUAUCUCACUAUCGUUGUGCUGUGUAUCACGAUGUCUUUCCUUACUAUGAACCCAGUCAAUGCUACCAAUUGUAAAGGUGGAUACAGGACGGACGGCACGACAGCUUAUUGUGUUGUGGAUUCUAAGCAGGAGAAAUACUAUCAUUGUGAUGCUGCUAAGUGUGGUCAUGAUAACGCUCGCUUUGUUUCAUGGAGCAAAUGUGUACCUUUCUACAAAAGUGAUGGUACUGCCAAAACCACACAAAAUUGCGUGACCUACGAUCGCCAUGACUCAAGCCGUUACACCUGUACCAAUGCUAAGGAGGAUAUAUUCAUUUGCCCUCAUAAGUUUGAAGAUAGACCCAUCAUGUCAUGUGAUUUGAGCGUGUAG